AUCACAUCUCAUCUUCAAUACAAUAUUGAAAACAUCAUUAUGAGGGAAAUUUUUCGUGCUAUGCUUGUUCUAGUUGUUGUAUUGUUCUUUGGAGCUGCAGAGUUUUGUUCCAGUCGGAACACAAGCUUUAGCUGUAUAGAAAUGGAGAUAGAAGCCCUCUUGAAGUUCAAACUUUGUUUCCAUGAUCCAUCGCAUAUGUUGUCUUCUUGGAAAGGCAAUGAUUGUUGUGAAUGGAAAGGAGUAGGCUGUGACAAAAAUAACGGAUAUGUUAUCUCACUUCAACUUAGGGGAUCAGCAUUUACUAAUCAACAGCCUCAAUUGUGCUUGAUUGACGAUGUAGAGGAGGUUGGUUCAAGUUUGCUCAAGUUGAGAUACUUGGAACACCUGGACUUGAGCAACAAUAAUUUUAGUGGUAAUCUUAUUCCACCCUCCUUCGGCUUGAUGAAGCAGCUGAUGUACCUAAAUCUCUCUUAUGCGCAAUUUAGAGGAAAAAUUCCUGGGGAACUUGGAAAUCUUACAAGGCUUCAUGUCCUUGAUCUUUCGCAGAAUUAUCAUGGGGGAUUGAAGGUUGAUGAUGACAUUCAGUGGAUUUCUCAUCUCUGCUCUUUGCAACGACUUGAUAUGAGUGGAGUACAUCUAAGCCAUGCCUCAUCAAACUUGUUCCAGACAGCAUAAGGAAAUUUUCCAAGUUAAAAAGGAUAAAUCUCUCAUACAAUCAAUUGAAUGGGAGUAU